AUGCCCCCGGAUGCCAUCCCCGCGCCCCGGCGCUGGCUGGCGGAGGGCAGGGCGUCGCGGAGGCUGGCGCUGGCGGUGGUGUUCGUGGCGCUGCUGCUGGACAACAUGCUGCUGACUGUCGUGGUACCGAUCAUCCCCACCUUCCUUUAUACAACAGAGUACAAAGGUGCUAACAGCUCUGCUGCCCCUCGCCAGCCUGAGUCGGCUCCUUCAGCCGAGGACGCUUCUCCUUUCUCCUCCGUGUUCUCCUAUUUUGACAACAGCACUGUGACCGUCUCAGGCUCCACCAGCACCACAGAGCCACUGAAUGGGACCAUGAGCGGGCACACGCUGCAGCCCCCCACAAGCCCCCCACCACCACCGAGCGGCUGCCUGGAGGGCGAGGAGUUCCUCGCCAACGAAAACGUCCGCGUGGGGCUGCUCUUUGCCUCCAAGGCUCUCGUCCAGCUCAUGGUCAACCCCUUUGUGGGUCUCCUGACCAACAGGAUAGGAUACCACAUCCCCAUGUUCAUCGGCUUCAUCAUCAUGUUCCUCUCCACAGUCAUGUUUGCCUUCUCCGGCACCUACACCUUGCUGUUCGUUGCCCGAGCUCUCCAAGGUGUCGGUUCCUCGUUCUCAUCGGUCGCAGGCUUGGGCAUGCUGGCCAGCAUCUACACGGACGACUUUGAGAGGGGCAACGCCAUGGGCAUCGCUCUCGGAGGCUUGGCCUUGGGUGUGCUGAUCGGGGCCCCCUUCGGAAGCGUGAUGUACGAAUUCAUGGGGAAAGCCUCUCCCUUCCUGGUCCUGGCAUUCUUAGCCCUGCUGGAUGGAGCUUUGCAGCUUUGCAUUCUGCAGCCCUCCAAGAUCUCCCCCGAGAGCACCCAGGGCACGCCGGUGUUCACCCUGCUGCGGGACCCCUACAUCCUGGUGGCUGCGGGAGCCCUCUGCUUCUCCAACAUGGGGGUGGCCAUGCUCGAACCCACCUUGCCCAUCUGGAUGAUGCAAACCAUGUGCUCCCCGAAAUGGCAGCUCGGGAUGGCGUUCCUUCCUGCCAGCAUAUCCUACCUCAUCGGCACCAACCUCUUUGGGGUCCUGGCUAACAAAAUGGGCCGGUGGCUGUGCUCCCUGAUCGGCAUGGCCGUGGUGGGAAUCAGUCUCCUUUGUGUGCCUCUGGCCAAAAGCAUUUACGGGCUGAUCGGCCCAAACGGCGGGCUGGGCUUUGCCAUAGGAAUGGUGGACUCCUCCAUGAUGCCUAUCAUGGGCUACCUCGUGGACCUUCGCCACACCUCCAUCUACGGCAAUGUCUACGCCAUAGCCGAUGUCGCCUUCUGCAUGGGCUUUGCGAUUGGUCCAUCCACAGGCGGUGCGAUUGUGCGAGCUGUCGGGUUUCCCUGGCUGAUGGUCAUCAUCGGAGUUAUCAACAUUGCCUACGCCCCGCUCUGUUGGUACUUGCGCAGCCCUCCCGCUAGGGAGGAGAAGAUCGCCAUCUUAAGCCAGGAAUGCCCCAUGCAAACCAAAAGCUAUACCACUCAGAAGCCCCUGCGAGACUUCCCUCUCACAGAUGACAGUGACGUGGAGGCAGAAAAUGAGGAAUAG